AUCCAGUGCAAGUAACCCAGUUCAUGCAUUUGUUACGUGCAUGCUAACUAGGUAAUGACGUUCGCGUUUGCAAGGAAACAACAAAUACAUUGACAAAAUGGGCAUGCUGCAGCUAUCAUCGCUUAUUUGGAAAACUGCUUUCUUACAAACUUUCUUCGGGUUUGUCCAGGCCAGAGAAUUUUGUAGACGAGAAAACUACUGGUGUGAGACAGGUCACUGUUGUGGUGAUGGACAGUGUUGUAAUUAUUAUUACGAACUAUGGUGGUUUUGGGUUAUAUGGAUUAUUGUUCUUUUAAUUGCUGGAUGUUGUGCAUGGCAAAGACGAAGAGUCAGAAAACUGAUGCGCCAACAAGCUCGCCAAGCCGAAGCAAUACAGACAGUUAUACAGAAUACUUCGCCUUCACAAGACUGGCCAACAAUUAUUUACCCACCAUGCAAGCUGCCAAAUUACUCUGAAAUAGGUACUACAAUAGCAUUUGGAACACCGCCACCACCGUAUCAACAGUUGACGACUGAUCAGGCCGAUUCUCAGGAAGCGCCACAUAUAAAUGUAGAGGCUGUACCUUGUAGAGUAGUGACUGUGACCGUACAUCAGAGUGAAAUAGGAACACAGACACGUGCAAUAGAUGAUAAUCAAGAACAAACUACAAAUGGAAGUUCAUCGGUGGAAAUCACACCUGACAUAUCACCAAAUGAACUCAAAGUACCUCUCUCAGAUUCCUUAAAUGAGGAGGAACUUGGAGCCACCUCAAACCAGAAUGCUAAUAGCGUUGAGGUUGCCAUGGAAAUAGAUACACCGGAAGCUGAGGACGUACAUGAGGAUGUGAAUGGGAAUAGGUCGCCGGUUGUGCCAAGAUUCCGUGACACUGUCGUGGAACUUAGUGGGAACCACAGGAUGAAUGCUGCCAGAGUGUGA